GUCGUUCGACUCAUCGAAAUAAAACGUCGAUUCACGUGGUGGGACCAGUGUGUCGCCACGUAUGUUGCCGUCUACCUGUAUAAAAGUAUCGUGAUCCGGGAUUCCGAUCAGAGUACAGUUGGCCGCUGCUAUCCGAGCGAACAUGAUCGAGAUGAUUUUCUUGGUGCUGUUCGUCGGAUCGCUUGGAGCUUCAGCAGCUUCUGGAGCCUCUUUCCUCGCGGAAAACACGGAAUCGGUUUGGUCCUCGUUACCAAGCACGGAAAAUCUUGAGGAGAAAGCGAUGCCUCUGUCGAAGCUGGUCGUCGACAAGCCCUUCCUAUUACCCGGAGGAUUGAAUCUGCUGGAAAAGUCUCAAGUACCUGCCAAGCUGCCCGGGACAAGAAAUCUGGAGGAGAAACGUAUUCCAGAAUUGGUGUUGCAGAAAUUAGCGCAACCACCCCGCGAGAUCCAUCAAUAAGAUUAAACGACGUGAUUUGCGAAUUUGUGGAAGUGAUAAGACAAAUUGUAAAUUUAAUCGAGUAAAUAGAAUAAAUAUACGAUUUCAAUUUUUCAAA